CCUUCAUCUCGUCAGAACGGGAACAGCAUCGUCCAGGUGCCGCCAAGAACCUCUCCUCCUCGCAAUCACCCUCACCACCUCAUCCAAAGCCCAUCCCGAGCGCCCUGAGAUCAAACCGCCAGGCCCUCGGAUUGACCACUGUGGAAUCCAUCUCCUUCAACCCCCCGCCAUCUCCCUGAUGAAAUCCAUCACAGCAUGACUCUAUCCUGAUUCACCCGUCACGACCCCCCUCCCAAUCGUCCAGCAAUGGCCGUCCUGUCGCGGUCCUCCCUCCGCGGCUCCAUGCGACGGAUCCCAAACGACCACCUGGACUACGACCGCCAGGGACCUCCGAUGAAAAGACAAAGGACCCUUCACGAUCUCUGGCCCGUCAACCGUCGCAGAAGCUCCCCGGACUGCCUCGACGCCACCACACCAACCCACGAUCCUGCCCCGAGCAAAGCUCGACACGCCCUGCCUCCUGCCAAGCCAACGCGCCCACGCUCAGUGGCCCGUCGUACUCGACGAACGUCUGCUUCCUCCGUGGACAGCGUCUCGUUGGGCGAUCAAUUGACCACCCCGGCAACCCCUCGCGUCUAUGGUAAUGGCGUCACGACUCUUCGGCGUGUUUCCGAUCGGGAGAUACCCGCGGGCACACGCUCCGCGACGGAUUUGCUACGCGACGAGCCCGAGUCGCCCGAUCCAUUGGAUACGAUCUCUCCAGUGGUGACGGCGAAUACGGUCAAGACGCGUCCGGGAGUGUAUGCGCGCUCGGCAGAGUCUGAGAAGAAGCUGUCUAGAUCACCUGCCGCGACGCGCUCUUCCUGGCGUGUUGGUCAUGAUGCGAAGCCGGAGCAGGCGGAUACAAUGCAAUCGACUGUCGAGUCGGAGGCUGUAAACGCGAUGCGGGUGCAGUCGCCCGAUGUGCGACCGGCAGAUGCGACUCGGUCGCAGCAGCAGCAGCAGGUCGAGACGGAGCACGAUGCUUCAGCACCGACAGGAAACGAGAGGCGAUCGCUGCGCUCCGCAGAUACUGGUUCUCGAUGUAAGAGCGAGCUAGCGCAGUAUUUCCAUAAUUACGAGCAGAUCAUCAGUCUCGACGAUCCUAAACCUGAACUACUCGCUUUCAACACGAUUGUCACAUUGAUUGACGACCUACCCGAACCUCUACCAUCUCUCUCCUCCGAUCCAUCACCUUUUGGCAACCCGCUACAAAAACUGUACAAUUGUGAAGUAGUAACAUUGCCCGAGCCGGCAUCGAGUACGGCGGGUAUCGAUCCUCUGAACGAAGACCUAUAUUUCCGCGCGCACCGCAAAUUCGAGCGCCAGGAGAAACAGCUACGAAAUAUUGAGCGAGAUCGUGCACAGCAUGAGAAGCAGCAUGUAGAUCGUCUUCUUGAGGAGCUCCGCAGUCAAGAUUGGCUGCGCGUGAUGGGUCUGACCGGCAUUCACGAGAACGAAAAGAAACUAUACGAACCCAAACGUCAGAUCCUCAUCGAGGAGCUCGUCGCUCUCGUCAAUAAGUUCCAAGUAUGGAAGGACGAAGAGCGGAGACGCAAAUUGCUCAAGGAAAAGCAUCUGCCAACGGGCGAGGCCGAGACGGACGCACAUGGCCCUCGACAAUCCCGCAAGCAAUCACGACCCGUCGAGGAUGCCGCAGAAGAAAGCUCGCCUUUACCAGACACCCCCAGCACCCCGGACCCGAACGACGUGGACGCCUGGGCUGCGCGCCAGCUACACCAAGAAGCACGAUCCGCCUCCGUCGCCAAACGGCGCAAAUCUGUCUCAGAGAACCGCAAGUCCAAGGCUGGACGUGCAGAAGCCGACCACUCUACAACAACAGAAAUCAAACCCAACUCCAAAAAGCAAAAGCCCCAACAACCUCCACCCUCGUCUGUAGCUACAUCACCACCCCCUCCUCCUCCGGCACCUUUCGUCUACCCUCUACCCCCAGAUAAACCCUUUACCUCAUUCUUCGAACAGCCACACCACCGUGAGCUGGCCCUAGCUGCUGUGAAUGGCACGCGGCGCGGUCGUACACAUACUAUCCUCGCAUUUGGCCAUCCCAUGCCCGACAUGUCUGAACGAGAUUUCGAACCUCCCGAGGAAAUCUUGACAGACGAGGCGAUUUACGCCUCGCAACGACAGCGGCGGCUUUUGAAGCGGCGUAGUCGUGGGUGAAAUCGAGUCCGGGCUUGAAUGGAUUUGACAGCUAACGACACCGAUCUUCUUGGACUGGCGUUGUCAUCCUCUUCCGUUCUUCUUCUUCUUCUUCUUCUUCUUCUUCUCCUCCCUACUAUUCCUCCCCGCUGAUUCAUUCUUGUUUACACGCAUCUAUGUAUCGGCGUCUGUAUGAUUUUGGACGAUAGCAUUUCGGCGUCUGGGCAUGGCAUUUUGGGUGUGUUUCUUCUUGGACGGGGAACGGGAGUUUUGUCUUUUUUUAACAUGGCGUUUGCAAAUGUGGCCACGCCUUUUGCGUGGGAGAUUUGCAUAGCUACCCUCGCAGCCCGUAAAGGGUUGUCGAAUAUCAGCCUAACAGCUUAUGUUUUCUCCUCUUCCAUGGCGUGUGUCGCUCAUGAUGUCAUGAUUUCAAGCAAC